AUGGGAUAUUUAUUAAAGAAUAUCACUCAAUUGAAAAAUUCUCAUCCUCAAAAAUACAUAUUACUAACAAUUUUUUAUUUUUAGUUUCGUCAAAUAAAAUAAUUUCAUUUCUUUUAGACAAACCCACAUUUUUAAGAACAGGUGAUUUCAUUAAAUUGUUAACUGAUUAUCCACGAAAUUUUCUUAGCAUCUAGUAAUAUACAUAUAAAACAUUAUUUAAGUGAAUCAGAAUAUAAAAUUAAAUAUUUAAAUAAUCAACCUGAAUUAAAAAGAAAAGCUAUAUUAAAUCAUAACUAAUGUUAAGUGACAAUUAAAUACUAGACAUUAGCUCUUGAUUCAAAAGAACUUAUUUUGGUUUCUAAAGGAAAUAUUAUUGAAACUCCUUUUCUUUCAGAUACUAUUUAUUUUCAAUAUACUUUGUCAAAUAAUAUUGACAAAUUAGUUGAUAGUCCCACAUAUUCAAUAUCCUUUUAAAAAAUAGAUAAUAGUAAUCUAUAAUAAGUAGUAAUUUAAGUUAUAUAGGACUUACUGGAGACUAGAAAACAGUAUAUGAAAAUUUAAGUUUGAAAAACCUAAUAUUUACAUAAACUAUUUCAAUGAUUAAUUUUAAGGAUAAUAACUACAGAAUCAAGAAAAAUUAUUAAAGAUUUAUAGGUGUUAAAUAUGCAUCGUUUAAGCUUGUACUUAAAGUUAUGAAACAUUAUUAACAUUUCAAAUAACCUUUGAAAACACAGCUACAUUUGUUGAAUCUCUUCUCGUUUCAAUUAGUAUUUUAUUAAAAGUUAGAAUUUUUGGAUAUGAAAUGUUAAAAAAAAUUAUUACAAACUAUUCAAUUUGAUUUUAUAUAAUAUGAAGAUUGAGCUCUUAAAUUUAUAACUUUAUUGGACAAGAAAAAUUAUUUUAUUAUUAAUUCUUCUAAAUGGAAUACUUUAAUGAAACUAUCACACUAACUGAUCAAGAUCCAAUUGAUGAAAUUGAUAAUCUUUAUACAAACAAUAAUAUUUUGUAGCAUAUUCUAAGAAAAAGAAAAUAAUUGGAGUUUAUGAGUUUAAAAAUUUUAUCUUACUACAGUCAAUAACUUUUGAUUAAAUGA